AUGGGAAGUCAUUGUUCUUAAACAGUAUAAAAUAAUACUGUUAAUUAUGAAAAAAAGCAUGAGAUUGAUAAUAUCAUUUAGGAUAAAGAAAUUUAAGAACCUACAUUUACUACAAAAUUGAAUUUAAAUGUGGAAAUUGACAAAGGUGUAUAUUCAAUGAGACCAUGUAAUGUUAAUGAUUCAGUAUUGGAUAUAACAACUGAAAGAAAUUUACAAGAAUCAAUACCAUAAAAGUUCAAUUUAAGAAAUUAUACAGUUAGUUUCUAUCAAAGAAGUAUUUUGACGAUACAAUGACCAUUAACAAAUCUCACAAUUUAGUUUAUUCCAAUAUGGGUUUGAACAUACUUUCAGAUUUAUGUCAAAAUGAAGUAGUUUCAUAGAAAUAAGAAAAACAAAAAAAAGUUGAAGAAUAUGAUGAAGAUUAUGAUUAGAUGUGCAAAUAUGAUAUUGAUUAAUUUAAAUUUUAUCAACCUGCUGUUAUGAAAUAUGUAGAUAAAUAACUACCAUCAUAAUAAAAGACAAAGUAAAAAUACAAUUAAAUAAUAGCACUGUUGAACAAAGAAAUCUUAAAAAAUGA